AUGAGCGCAGCGUUCAGUCCUUCGUCCUUCAUGGUGAUGCAGCGGCCACUCGGAAGCUCCACCGCCUUCAGCAUUGACUCUCUGAUCGGGGGGCCCCCGCAGCCCAGCCCGGGACACUUCGUCUACACCGGCUACCCCAUGUUCAUGCCGUACCGGUCCGUGGUGCUGCAGCCUCCACCCCCUCCGCCCCCGGCCCUGCAGCAGGCUCUCCCCGCCGGACACCACGCGCACCCGCAGAUCCCGAGCCUGCAGAGCGGCUUCUGCUCCAGCCUGGCGCAGGGCCUGACGCAGGGGAUGGCGCUCACCUCCACGCUCAUGGCGUCGCUGCCCGGCGGCUUCUCCCCGUCCCAGCAGCACCAGGAGGCGGCCCGGAAGUUCGGCUCUCAGGCUCUGCACGCGGUCUUUGACAAAACUCAGGACCUGAGGCUGGAGGAGGACGGCAAGAGCUACCUGCAGGGGAAGGAGUCCGCGGGGCUGCAGGCUUUCCACGACACGGACACGUCGGUGCAAACGUCCACAGGUAGGAGGGGGUCACCAAGGCUGUUCAACCCCGAACACGGCUCCGGGUCCGGGCUGUGCGCGCGGAGCGUUUAGACCGGAUAAAAUCAGAUCAACCGGAUAAACCAGAAAACCGAAACCCUCAGAAAAAAAAAACAAACAAAAAAAAAAAAAAACAGAAAAUAAAUAAAAUAAAGUGGAGUUUAGAUUGGUUUGAAUUGUCUGACAUGUUUCAUCUUCUGAUUUUAUUUGAUAAUCUCUUAAGUAAAUGAAGAAGAAGAGGCCUCCGAGGACUCUCUUAAGGUCUUUACUCUGUCUGAGAAUCCAGGAGUUUGAUUUUUAUUGAGUUAAUUAACAAAUAAUUAAUCAAAAAUAAAUAUAAAAGAACUUUAAACAGGAGAAUUUGGUUCUUAGCGUUUGUAAAGUUUCGUUCAGAGUUUAAAGUUGAAGUAUUUUUAUGACACUGAGUCUUCAAGUCUUCUUCUGACUCUAUAAUUCUGAUGAAUUUAAACGAACCGAAAUAUAAAGAUUAAUUCAUUCUGAUCAGAAAUCUUCGCUUUAAUCGUCUUUCCCUGAAUCUCAGGUCCAGGUUUUUCUUCAGAGGAUCAGGAACAUGUCUGAGGCCUCUCUUUCAGUUUGGAGAGGAUUUGAAGUCUCUGACCUCCACAAUUCUUCUGAACCUUAAAUCUGAUUUAUUCUGAUUUAUUUUGAGUCAAUUUCACUUUUACAUUUUUGGUUUUAUGAAAAUCACAUUUGUUUUGUCAGUUUGGAGAGCUGUGCGCAUCUCUUCAUCAUCUUUCUCUCUCUUUCUGUCGUUUUUAUUGACUCCUCUUAUCAAACUCAAAUUUCUUUCCUCCAUUAUUUCUUAUUUCUAAAUGAUUCCGACGUGUUUCCGGCCGUUUCUCACGCGGACAGGCUGGAUCUGAGCGGCCCGCGCGGAGACGCUCCGUGCGUAAUUACGCGUGACAAACAAAAAUCCCUGCACCGCGCGCGCUCUCCACGCUGAUCCGAACACAGAUCCGAUGAUGGAUAUUGACACGGGACAGGACCACGACCCCCCCAAACACCCCUCACCUCCUCCUCCUCCUCACCCCUCUGAAUGUCAGAACUCCAGAUCACCAACAUCUGUCAGUCAAAGUCCCUCCACUCAGAUUCAGCUUCAAACCCGGAUUUCAAAAUCUGUUUUUAACUCUAAAUUUAUUUAUUCCUGAAAAAAAUAAUAUUUUUUUAAUAUUUAGAGGGAACACUCUCUCUUUUUGUCCAGCGGGAAAAUUUGGAAAUGAAUCCGGUUUCACAGAGAAAUUAGAGUUCAUGAGUUUGGUCUUAUCAGAUGAUUUUAAAUUAAAGGGAAUUCAGAUUUUGGACAGAAAUUAUCAGAUGAUUUCACGCAGAAUUAUUCAUGAAUUCAGGGUCAAAUUUAAACAUUUCUUUGAGUUCAAGUAUUUAAAUGGAUUGUUGUUGUUUUUUGUUUCUGUUAUUAGAUUUCUGAAAAUGUGUUUGACUUUCCUAAACUAAUAAAGUUUAAAGUGAUGAAGGAUCUGACCUCCUCCUCCUCUUCCUCACAGGCAGAGCUCACAGUAAAGACGACCAGAAGGAGGACGACUGUGUCCGGAAAGAUGAGAGCUUCUCCAUGGACAGUGACCUGGACUACAGCUCGGAUGAGAACCUCACCUCCAUGUGCCACAAGGAGGACGGGGACGGCGGAGGGCUGGAGGACGGCCCGCACGUGCACGGCUCCGGCAGCGGGGGUUCCGGGGCGGGAGGAGGCGGAGGGGGAGGCGGGAAGAACCGGCGGCGGAGGACGGCGUUCACCAGCGAGCAGCUGCUGGAGCUGGAGAAGGAGUUCCACUGCAAGAAGUACCUGUCGUUAACCGAGCGCUCCCAGAUCGCGCAUGCGCUGAAGCUGAGCGAGGUGCAGGUGAAGAUCUGGUUCCAGAACCGGCGCGCCAAGUGGAAACGGGUCAAGGCCGGAAACGUCAACAACAAAUCCGGGGAGCCGUCCCGGAACCCCAAAAUUGUGGUUCCGAUCCCGGUGCACGUGAGCCGCUUCGCGAUCAGGAGUCAGCACCAGCAGAUGGAGCAGGCCAGACCGUAG